GCCUGCAGCCCCAAUGCGAGUGGGGCUGUGCGAGGGCCGGUGUGGGAGGUUUGAGGCCAGGCAUCCCUUUUGGGGCUGGCACCUUUGGCCUGGGAGCAGGGCCUCGACGUUUACACUUUGAAAUCCCAAAUCAGCCAAACUCGGCUCAUUCCCAACUUGUCCUGUCAAAGCUCGAAGCUUUGCACCAUCACCCCCAACAAACAGCCUUCUUGUGCCUUUCUUUUUCUCCUUUUUCCUUUCCGAGGACUGAGGGGCUCCUGCCUUUUCCUCCGGAACACACCAAUGUCGUGAAACACCAAAGAACCCCAAGAGAUGGACCCAGUGCAACUGGCUCAGGUGGACAAUUCCCUGGGGUCUGGUUGGGGGUUUGCUCCUUGCUUCAGCAACAGUGCUCAUGCACAAGACAAUCAGCCCUUUUUGGGAAAGGGAACAGCUCAUUGUGUGGGGGGUGGAGCCUGGAGUCACCCAACAGGCAGGAAUUCUGAAACAGGAACUGGGCAAAGGUUGGAUUUAUUGGGCAGCCUGGGCCACCCGCACCUCAUGCCCGUCCGCUCCAGACGCAGAUGUGGCUCCCCGCGAGCCCCGGGGGCCUCCUGAGUUAUUUGGUGACUCUGCACGUCCUGCGGCUGGGAUCAGCUGACUUCAGAGUGGUGGGACCAGGCCGCCCUCUCCAGGUGACUGUGGGGCAGGACGUCGUGCUGCCAUGUCACUUGUCCCCCAGCGUGGAGGCUCGGAGCUUGGACAUCAGGUGGAUCAGGCAUUCAUUCUCUGAAAUGGUGCACCACUACCGAAAUGGAGAGGACCUUUAUGGGGAGCAGAUGGAGGAAUAUGUUGGGAGGACAGAGUUGGUCAGGGAUGGUCUCUCCAGUGGACACCUGGACUUGCGAAUCUCUGCGUUGAGACCCUCUGACGAUGGUCAGUACGUCUGCACUGUGACAGAUGGUGCCUCUUAUGGAGAAGCUACGGUGGAUCUGGAGGUGUCAGCCACAGGCUCUAUCCCUCAGCUCUCCCUGGAGGCAUACGAGGACGGAGGCAUCCGGGUGGUGUGUCGAUCGGCCGGCUGGUACCCACUACCGGAGGUGCUGUGGAAAGAUCCUGGCGGGCAGCAUCUCCCCUCGGUCUCCCAGAGACAUUCCUCGGAUGAGAGGGGCCUGUUCGACGUCAAAGAUGUCAUCGUUGUGACCAAUGGGAACAGAGAUGGGAAAUGGUCCUGCGUGGUCAGGAGCAUCCGCCUCAACCAGGAGCAGGAGACGUCCCUGCACAUCUCAGGUGCAACGAUGGCAGCCAGACCCUGCGGUGCCGGCAGCAGGGCUGGGGUUUGCUGCGUUGCUUUGAGCAGCUUUGAUCUGGGGUUCGCGGUGCAAGGUGUGGGGUGUGGGGGCACGGGAGGGGUGUGCACCUUCACAGCCUUGGGGCGUUUGUCUUUUUGUUCUUCUGCUGCUCAAACACGGGACUGUAAAACCAUCCCUUUUCCUGCUGAUGGUUUUGUUUCUCAGCUCCCUUUUUCCACAAUGCCCGUCCCUGGAUGGUUGGUGUGGGGGUGCUCCUCGUGCUUUCAGCUGUGUUCCUUGGCCUCGGUGCUUAUCUGUGGAGAAGGAAAGGUAAGUGGUGUCAGAAGAAUGUUUUGCCUUCACCAAAAAGCUCUUUGGGCAAAGCCAGGAAGGGCACAAGGACCCAUGGUGGGGUGUGGGCGGGAGGACAGGGAGUACGGCCAGACCAUCUCUGGCUGGUGGGAAGGUGCAAGAGACCCUCUUGAGAUGUUCCCAGGGAUGAAGCCAGCUGCUGUCCUGACCCCCUCUUCCUCUGCCUUUGCUUUUCAGUGCUGCAGUCCCGAGAGCUGGGUGAGUCCUUGUGGCCCCUUCCCCCAGCAAAACCUCCUGGCAAAGGAGCCCCCCUGGGAGGGACGUGGGUUUGGAUGGCUCCUGAAGUUACGGCUGAACUCCAGAGUGCCUGGGUGGGCUGAUGGGGGGAUAGGCUGGCAGGGAGCCAUUUCACCUGAUUUGGGGAGAUUUCGCACUCCCCAAAGAGAAGGAGUUGGGGUUCAGCCUGAACUCUGCCUGGCCCUGUGGGAGCAGCCAUGGGAUGAGACGCUGUCCCCUCUGAUCACUUACUGCUUUUGGUUUUGCUUUGCAGAGAAAAGAGAUGCAGCACUGGGGGAACAAGCUGCACUGCUGGAGAAAAGAGUUGCAGCACUGAAGGCCUGGAGAAAGUUUCUGCUUCCCCACAAUCCAGACGUGGUGACCCUCGAUCCAAACUCGGCUCAUCCUGAACUUGUCCUGUCAGCGGAUGGGAGAAGUGUGAGAAGGGGAACAGCACGGCAGGACCUGCCCGACACCCCUGAGAGAUUUACGUAUUGGUGCUGUGUGCUGGGCCAGGAGGAGUUCAGGGAGGGGAGGCACUGCUGGGGGGUGGAGGUGAAGGGGGAGGUGGGAGGUGAUUCCUGGUGGGGUGUGGGGGUGGCCAGGGACUCUGUGCACAGGAAUUGGUAUCUGGACCUGAGCCCUGCAGGAGGUAUCUGGGGGGUACGGCACAUGUCAGGGCAGUUUGUGUCUCUCACCUCUCCUCGCACCUCCCUGUCCCCAAUCCCCAUCCCCAGGAGACUCUGGGUCUGUCUGGACUGCACGCAGGGGCUGGUGACUUUCAUCGAUGCCGACAGCGGGGUCGAGAUCUUCACUUUCCCACCAGCCUCCUUCAAUGGAGAGAUCAUCCGACCCUGGUUUUGGGUGGGGACAUGGAAUACUGAACUGUGCCUGAGGGACAGCACCUCCUAGACCCUCUGCCCCCCUUCCAUCCCCACCGCAGCCCCGGACAGCCCCUGCCCUUCUGCAGACCCUGCCCGCUCUCCUCUCCUCCAUCCCGCAGCAGCACACGUCCCUCUCUGCCCUGCCCAAGCCCACCCUGCCCAGGCACAGCACCAUGGCCUUCAAGAAAGCUUUGUGGGUGACCAUG